ACUAUUUGCCAUCCAUGUGGCAUCGUUUUGUUGUUGUUAUAAAUCAGCGAGUGUGGAACUUCGGAAUAAAUAUGGAGCUUAAUUUGGAGCUACAGAAACUUAAAGAACUGGAAUUAAAGACGAAGGGACUGGCCGCCAGAAUAGAAACGACCAAAAAUUGCAAUGGUGAGCAGCUAGACGUCGAUCUAAUCCAGCUUCAAAUUGAGAACAAGAAGCUCAAGAACCGCCUGUUUAUUCUAAAAAAGUCAAUUGCUGAGGAAUCAAAAGCCGGUGGUGGAGUGGAACUCAAAGAUUGCUCUUCGAUCACCGAGCAUUUGGAAAGCGUUUUUGCGCAAGCAAUUGCAUCAGCCUUUCCGGAUUUUAAGGAUACACCUGUAGUAAUAGCACCGGUUAAUAGUUCUUCUGCCAAAUUCGGUGACUAUCAGUGCAACAAUGCUAUGGGAUUGUCGAAGAAAUUCAAAGAAAAUGGUAUUAGUAAAUCGCCACGUGAUAUUGCAACCGAGUUGAAAGGACAUUGUCCACCAUCGCCCAUUAUUGAAAAACUGGAAGUGGCUGGCGCUGGUUUUGUAAAUGUUUUUCUUAGCAAGGAGUUUGCAGCUCUGUCUUUAGGCAACUUGUUGCGUAAUGGUGUUAAGCCUCCUCAAGUUCUUAAGAAACGAGUUUUGGUCGAUUUUUCAUCGCCCAAUAUUGCCAAGCAAAUGCAUGUUGGUCACUUGCGAUCCACAAUUAUUGGCGAAUCGAUUUGUCGGCUAUUGGAGUUUCUUGAGCACGACGUGGUCCGUAUUAAUCAUCUUGGCGAUUGGGGAACACAGUUUGGCAUGUUGAUUGCCCAUUUGGAAGAUCGUUUUCCCAAUUACCUUAACGAAAGCCCACCAAUUAGUGAUUUGCAAUUGUUCUACAAGGAGUCGAAGAAACGAUUCGACGAAAAUGAAGAGUUCAAAAAGCGCGCUUACAGUCGUGUGGUUUCUUUGCAAAAAGGUGUUCCAAACUCCAUUAAAGCUUGGGAACUUAUUUGCAAUGUUUCCCGAAAGGAAUUCCAAACAAUUUAUGAACGAUUGGAUAUUUCCAUUAAGGAACGUGGUGAAUCUUUCUAUCAAUCCCGCAUGCUGUCUGUUGUCGAGUAUUUGCGAGAAAAAGGAUUGCUGGAGCAGGAUGAAGGAAGGGAGAUCAUGUGGCCCGACGAUUCAAGGACUGGCAUACCUUUAACCAUCGUUAAAUCGGAUGGCGGCUUUACGUAUGAUACUUCGGAUAUGGCCGCUAUUCGCCACCGAGUGCAAGAGGAACUUUGCGAUUGGAUUGUCUAUGUUGUGGACUCUGGACAAAGCACACAUUUCAACACAAUUUUCAAGGCUGCCGAACGUUGUGCCAUUCUAAAUCCACAAAGCCAUCGUGUAGAUCAUGUUCAGUUUGGUGUGGUUCUUGGCGAGGAUGGAAAGAAAUUUAAGACUCGAUCGGGUGAUACUGUUAAACUGGCCGAUUUGCUUGAUGAGGGAAUGAAGCGGUCGUUGCAACAAUUAGAAAGCCGAGGACGCGAUAAGGUUCUCACACCUCAGGAAUUAACGGACGCUCAGGAAGCCCUGGCCUAUGGAUGCAUCAAGUAUUCGGAUCUGUGUCAUAACCGGAUUAGCGACUAUAUAUUUUCGUUUGACAAGAUGCUCGAGGACCGCGGCAAUACUGCGGUUUACCUACUUUAUACAUAUACUCGCAUUUGCUCUAUUGCACGAAACUCCGGAGAAGACUUUUCCAAUUUGCCUGAAAUACUGAAUAAGGUCAAGAUUGAAUUGGCCCACGAAAAGGAAUGGAAACUAGCCAAAACUCUUUUGAAACUACACGACAUACUGAUCAAGUGUUCGAAAGAGCUUUUCCUGCAUUUCCUCUGUGAAUUCUGCUACGAGGUGUGCACAGUUUUUACCGAAUUCUACGACUCCUGCUAUUGUAUUGAAAAGAACAAAGCUGGCGAAAUUAUUAAAGUCAAUCACAGUCGAAUUUUGCUGUGUGAAGCAACUGCUGCCGUCUUACGCCAAUGCUUUUCUAUACUAGGCCUGAAACCAGUUUCGAAAAUGUAAAAUUUCUACAUUAAAUAUCUGACAUGAAUUGUACACAAAUAAAGUAUGAAAUUUGAUAAUUAA